AUGGGGUUUCCGUGGUCGUUCACAGGCCAUAAAGAAGUGUCUUACAGCGCGACUUCACCUGAUGACGAGUUCGAAUCGCAACAAGCAUCGUAUCUGAAAGAAACGCUACUCCCUCAGCAAAAUGCACGGCCGAAUGUUGACGUGAGAUCUCGAAGACUGCUCUUCGUGCAACGAGCUAUCAGUUUGGUACUGGUUUUGGUGGUUCUCGCUGAAGCCAUUGCGUUGUACCAAUGCAAGACGCAUUUGCUGAUUCGGCAAACGCCGGUACCUGAAUUUCUUAACGUCGAGCGAACCUGGGUGCCGGAUCAACGUUACGCACACAAGUACAUGUUCUCGGACCGCAACGCCUUCGCUGAGGUCUAUCGAGGUUGGGGCAAUCUGUUUCCUUCGGCAAUGGGUAUGAUUCCUGUAAACAAUGGACAAAGGUACAUCGAAAACCCGCCGUAUCAAACCAGCAUCACCUUGCCGGAAGGACAAGACGCAUACAUGAUAGCUGGGAUCCAUCAGCUACACUGCCUUCGGGUCAUUCUCAGCACAUAUGGGAUGCUUCGGCUGGAGGGCAAAAAUGACGUCGACGAUGCGCAUCUGGCUCAUUGCUUCGAUUACUUGAGGCAGGGUUUGAUGUGUUCGGUUGAUACCAGUCUCGAAGGAAAUUCCACAGAGUACGGCGAAGGCUGGGGGAGUGUACACGUAUGCAAGGACUAUUCGAAAAUUGUGGAUUGGAUCGAUCAGCAGACGGAAAGGACCGUGGGCACUCAGGGAGCAGUGGUCCAGAUGUGA